AUGAUCGUGAAUUUCCGCAAACGCGGAGAGCAGUCCAUAACUUUGGCUGAUGAACUGAAGCAAGACAUCAUCGUUUGCGUUGACGCCGUCAUCAAGCAGGACAAAGAGGUGUCGAGAAAGACCCACUCCGAUGCGCAGCUUGUGACGAAAUAUGCCCAAGGCACGCGGAAAGAGAACGACAAAUUGGUGAGAAGGUACGGUUCACGCUGUGCGGAGGCUGAGUACUUAGUGCAGGAGCUCUGCCAGACCCCAGGGUUCGGGACUCGAGCACUUCAGCUGCCCCAAGGGGAGGGCAUGUGA